CGGGCGCACCAUGGCCGAGCUGCUGCGGAGCCUGCAGGACUCCCAGCUGGUCGCCCGCUUCCAGCGCCGCUGCGGGCUCUUCCCGGCGCCCGAGGAGGGUCCCCGCCACAACGGCCCGGGCCCCGCGGAGGGCGCGGCGGCCGGCAGGGGCGCAGGGGCGCCGGCGCACGGGCUGCGGAGCGUCGCGGCCCCGCAGCCUUAUGUGCAGAAGUAUGUUGUGAAGAAUUAUUUCUACUAUUACCUAUUCCGAUUUUCCGCCGCUUUGGGUCAAGAAGUGUUCUACAUCACCUUCCUUCCGUUCACUCACUGGAAUAUUGACCCUUUUUUAUCCAGAAGGCUGAUCAUCGUAUGGGUUUUGGUGAUGUAUAUUGGCCAGGUGGCCAAGGACAUCCUCAAGUGGCCACGGCCCCUCUCCCCGCCCGUGGUGAAGCUGGAGAAGAGGGUGAUCGCCGAGUACGGAAUGCCGUCUACCCACGCCAUGGCCGCCACCGUCAUAUCCUUCACCCUCCUCAUCUCCACUAGGGACAGAUACCAGUAUCCCUUCGUCUUGGGGCUGCUGAUGGCUGUGCUGUUUUCCACCUUGGUGUGUCUCAGCAGACUUUACACCGGGAUGCACACGGUCCUGGACGUGCUGGGCGGCAUCGCGGCGACGGCGGUGCUGCUGGCGCUCACGUACCCGGCCUGGAGCCUCAUCGACCGCCUGGACUCGGCCAGCCCCGUGUUCCCGGUGUGCGCCGCCGUCGUGCCCUUCCUGCUGUGCUACCACUACCCGGCGCCCGACUUCUACAGCCCGACCCGCGCCGACACCACCACCAUCCUGGCCGCGGGCGCGGGCGUCACCAUCGGCUCCUGGAUCAACCACUUCUUCCAGCUGGCGGCCGCCCCCGCCCCCGCCCCGCCGCUCCCGCCCCGGCUCCCGCCCUGGCUCUCGGCCUUGGCCGCGGGGCUGGCGCUGAGCCUCACCAAGUUCGCGGUGGGCAUCGCGCUGGUCCUCGCCGUGCGCCGGCUGGUCCAGGCGCUGUCGCUGCAGGUGCUGUGCUCGUGGUUCCGGGUGGUCCCGCGGGACAGGGAGGCCCGGCGGAGGCUGGAGAUCGAGGUGCCUUACAAGUUCGUCACCUACGCGUCCGUGGGCAUCUGCGCCACCACCUUCGUGCCCAUGCUGCACAGGUUUCUGGGGUUGCCCUGACCCUCACCCCCACCUGGAGGCCGGCCCACCGGACAGGGGAGCACACCGGGCACAGGUGCGGCGGGCAAGUCGCGCCCAUAUGUGUUUUUCCUUAAAAAAAAAUAAGUCCUUAGGCCCCACGCGUGUUCCGCUGGCACCUGCGGGUGCACCCUGCUGCGGGAAGCGGGCCUGACCCCGUGUGCUUGGGCGCAGGCCUGGCUCGGGAGACCGGGGCGACCCGCUGAUCGCAGGGGCUGGAGGUCAGGCUCACCUUGUGCAUCGCAGGGCCUCCUGUCCAGACUGGACACUUGGCUCUGGAGAAGGGGCCACAGCGUAUACAACUGCAGCCUUCGGUUGGCAGGGGUGGGGGGCGCUUUUUGGUCCUGAGGUCACUAGACUGUGCCCCUGGGUGGCAGCAGGACAUACCCCCAGGGCAGGAGCCCGCACCCUGCUGAGCCCUGGCCCCAGGGGUGUGCGCAUCUGCCCCCCCCCAACCACGGGUGGGUUUUGCAGAACCCCAGGUGGCGUGGGGACCCUCCUCACCCACGGAGCCCACCGUCCGGCCCACCUCUCUCCAUCAGGGCUCCUCCAAGUGUCCUGUGCUCUCCCACUUCUGGGGACUGGGACCAGCCCAGGACCCACCGUCGGGGGUUUCAUGCUCCCGUGCAAACCCUGCGAGGGCAGAUCCACAGACCCGAUGAACUGGAUCCCUCCUGCGGCCCGAUGGGGGAACAGGCCUCCCGGACAUCACCCUCCAUUCCUCAGUUCUUUCCUGCACAGGAUCAGGGGCUCCCUUUCCAUCCCCCUCACCCUCAUCUCUGGGCAAUCUUGAGGGUAAUGAAUGCAAGAACGGCGCCCAGGUGUCCAGCUGACCUAACAACCCAGGCCUCAAGCCUGGGGGAGCCCUCCUGGGGCCCAGGAAGGCCACCUGACCUGCGAACAUCCCCACGUUCCCUCUGCCGGCGCCUCUUCAGUCCUUAACCCUAAGGAGCAAGCCUCCAGAACUUUCUGAACCGUGAGCAGAAGCGCAGAUGUCAGGAGGCCUGUGGUCUCCUCGCUCAGACUUCAUUCCCGCCUGGGACAACAGGCUCCUGCUUCUGCCUCCGGGGUGAAAACUGAAAACCCCACUUGUUCUGAUUUCAAAUAUGUUCCCCGACCUUUGUGCUGGGAUGAUGCACGGCUUCGUGCCCCCUGUCAACAGAGAACAACUUCUAGAAAGAUGUUCUGCUUCUCCCUCAAAUCCUUCCCCCAGCUGUGGGCUGUCGUGGUUAAGGAGGCAGGGAUCCGAUGACCUGCCGUCUGAGGUGCUAGUGCACCACGAGGGAGGGGAGGGAGGGCCGGAGGAGCCCAACCUAGAGGCGCCCCUGCCCUGGGCCGCCCCCCAGCCCUCCCAACCCCCCAUUCCCCCAC